GCACAGUUCACAGUGACUGGACCUGACCAUCCAAUCACCGUCUCUGUAGGUGGGGUGGCCGUCCUGCCCUGCCACCUCUCCCCCAGGAUGAGCGCUGAGGACAUGGAGGUGAGAUGGUUCCGAUUUCAGUAUCAUCCAUUCGUUCACCUGUAUCAGGAGGGACAGGAUCAGUAUGAAGAUCAGAUACUUGAAUAUCAUGGGAGGACAGAGCUGCUGAAAGAUGACAUCACUAAUGGGAGUGUUUCCCUGAGAAUAGACCAUGUCCGGCCCUUUGAUCAUGGACAGUACACAUGUCUUUUUCAAUCCAGUAUCUUUUAUGAAGAAGCCAUAUUGGAACUGAUGGUAUCAGCUAUGGGCUCGGACCCCCACAUCUCUGUUGAUGGUCACCAGGAUGGAGGGAUCCGGGUUGUGUGUCGAUCGGUCGGGUGGCACCCAGAACCUGAGGCUCAAUGGAGAGAUCACCAUGGGCAGCUGUUAUCAUCUGCCUCUGAAAAAAUAUCCAAGGAGGCCAAUGGCCUAUUUCAAACUCAGAUUUCUAUUGUUAUAACAGAAGAUUCCAACCAGAAUUUGUCCUGUUCUGUCAGGAACCCGCUCCUCAAUCAAGAGACAAUAUCAACAGUUUUCAUAGCAGAGCUGUUCUUCCCAAGGGUGAGUCCCUGGCUGGUGGCGCUGGGGGUGAUCCUGGCUCUUCUCAUUGCCCUGGCCAGUUACUGCUUCUGGAGGCAGCACAGAGCAAAAGAGACGCUGCGAUCUGACCUGGAGAGACAGAAAGCCCCUGCCCCCGGCCCUGACUCUGUGACUCUCUCCCCAGUGGACGUGACUCUGGAUCCAGACACGGCAAAUCCCUACCUCGUCCUGUCUGAGGAUCGGAAACGUGUGAGACACGGAGACAAACGCCAGGAUCUGCCCAACAACCCUGAGAGAUUUGAUUAUUGUGUCUGUGUCCUGGGCGCUGAGGGGUUCGCGGGCGGGAGGCGUUACUGGGAGGUGGAGGUGGGAGACAAGACAAGAUGGACUCUGGGGGUUUGUAGGGAAUCUGUGAGCAGGAAGGGGAAUGUCACAUUCACACCUGAGGAUGGAUACUGGGUCGUGUGGCUGAGGGAUGGGGAAUACAAGGCCCUCACCUCUUCCCCGACCCCCCUCCCCGUGAGCGUCAGGCCCAGCCGGGUGGGGAUUUUCCUGGACUAUGAGGCGGGCGAGGUCUCGUUUUACAAUGUGACUGACAGGUCCCGUCUCUUCACUUUCACUGACACCUUCUCCGGGACGCUCCACCCUUAUUUCAAUCCCUCUCGCAACGCUGGGGGUACAAACGCGGCUCCCCUGAUAAUCUGCCCGGUUCCAGCUCAGGCCGGAGGGAAUCUCUGUCCCUGACAGUGACCCCGCGGCACAGACUGUCCCCUCCCAGCCCUGCUGAUCUUCCUGCCCUCAGUGGUGGGCGCCAGUUACUGCAGCAACUGGACUUUUUGUGCUGACCGGAUGCUGCCAGUUUCCCUUUUCAACUGGAGCUUCCAGUCGAAAAACAGACACCUGGGAACCCCCAGCCCUCACCUUCCCCGUCCCCUGCCCCAGGGGUAGCAGAUGGGGGUGGAUGGGGUCAUUUACCCUUGUCAGAAUUUUCUACCCCUGUGAAAGCUCAACGUAAAAUAUGAAAGAAAAAAGAUUAUUCUAAUUUAGAAAAUAUUAUUGUAACAAGGUGUAAAUACAAGAACAUUUUAAUUUACAUUUCAACAGUAUUUCAAAAACAAGCAUCUAAACGUAUUUUUAGAAUUGGAAUUAUUUACAUCUAUUUUUUGAUUCUUCCCUCAAGUGUAUAUUGAAGUUUAACUUCUCUAAAUAACGUCAUUUGUAUUUCA